AUGGCCUCUCUGGACCUGCCCUACCGCUGUCCUCGCUGCGGGGAGCACAAGCGCUUCCGAAGCCUGUCGUCCUUACGUGCCCACCUGGAGUACAACCACACGUACGAGACCCUCUACGUCCUCUCCAAGUCCAACAGUGUGUGCGACGCCGCUGCUCUGCUGCCCCUAGUGGCCGAGGGAGCUCUCCUCGCCCCUGCCAACAAUAACGACCCCUUUGAGCCACUGAGGCCUUCUGCCCUAAAGGAGCGGCGCUUCCCUUGCCGUGAACUUCCUUGUGUGGACGACCUGAGUUUGACCCCUGCGAACUCCAACACUGCAGCUCGGUAUAUUCCCAAUGUGGAGUUUCCCUUGGGGGAGAUUUUCAUGAAGGCAGCCAUGACAUCCACGGACUCGGGUCCCGGUGGAAACCCCAACACAGCCGUAGCAGUGGCUGCUAAUGUAGCAGCUAGCGCAGUGGAGGCGGCCUAUGAGGAAGGGCUGGCCCGGCUGAAGGCACGAGCGUUUGAGCGGCUGGAGCUGGAUGAGAGGCUGGAGAAGUUGUCUGAGGAGGUGGAGCAAAAAAUAGCCGCCCGUGUCGGCCGGCUUCAGUCCGAGCUGGAGAGGAAGAGCUCCGAGCUGGAGCGGGCCAAGCUAGAGAGCGAGCGGCUGAGCCAGGAGAAACAAGACCUGGAGGACAAGGCCUCGGAGCUCUCUCGCCAGGUGGACGUGUCGGUGGAAAUGCUCGCUAACCUCAAACAGGAUCUGGUGAACAAGGAGGCGGAGCUCAACCACAAACAGCAGGAGGUGGCCCAGAUUGACCAGUUCCUCCAGGAGACGGCGGCGCGGGAAGCCAACGCCAAGGUGCGUCUGCAGCAGUUCAUCGAGGAGCUGCUGGACCGGGCCGACCGCGCCGAGAAGCAGCUGCAGAUCAUCAGCAGCUGCGGCACAACGCCGAACGGGAGCCUGGGACGCUGCAGCCUCCAGGCCAACAAGGGCAAUGGACGCCAGAGAAACUCCAGCCUCUCUGGAAGCACAAGGGGCAUGUACCAGGUGUCAGACCGACGUUCAUCCCCCAGCACAGGAGCAUCAGGUCGAAUCAAGUCCGUGUCGCAGGGAUCGGGGGGUUAUGACAGUGACAGCGUCGAGAUGCAUCCCAUGGAGGACUGUCCCGAGGCUCAGUACUAUCACACGCAGUGCCGGCAGGGCGAGGCUUACGAGCGCUCCCCCGGAUGCGGCUCCAGGAACUGGGGUCUCCGUAAACAGGCGAUCCAGAACUGGCAGCGGCGACCUUACAGGAACAGCACGGAAGGCGAGGAGGGAGACGUGUCGGACGUGGGCUCCCGGACCACCGAGUCUGAGAUGGAGAUGUGGGAGCAGGAUAGGAGAGCCGUGGCUGAGGUGCAGCAGUCCGCCGCGCCCUAUCCCCACCACGGCCGGACAGGAUACCGCCCUAACAUAGGUCGGUCAGACGGACUCUACGGCAAACCGUGCCGUUAUGAAAAGAGCCCGUCCAGAUCCAACGAGGUCAUCAGUCCGGAGAUCCUGAAGAUGCGUGCGGCCCUCUUCUGCAUCUUCACCUACCUGGACACGAAAACCCUCCUGAGAGCCGCGGAGGUCUGCAGGGACUGGAAGUUCGUGGCUCGCCACCCGGCCGUGUGGACCAGAGUGCUGCUGGAGAACGCUCGCAUUUCUUCCAAGUUUCUGAGCACGGUGUCUCAGUGGUGCACUCAGACGCACUCCCUCAUCCUGCAAAACCUCAAACCGCGACAGCGAGGCAAGAAGGAGACCAAGGAGGACUACCUGAAAAGCACACGUGGCUGUCUGGAGGAGGGUCUGGAGGCGCUGCUAAAGGCCACAGGAAGCAACCUGCUGAUCCUGAAGAUUUCCCACUGCCCCAACCUGCUGACGGACCGCUCCCUGUGGCUGGCCAGCUGCUACUGCCGAGCUCUGCAGGCUGUCACCUACAGGAGUGCCACAGACCCAGUUGGUCAGGAGGUGAUCUGGGCCCUCGGAGCAGGUUGUAGAGACAUCAUCUCCCUACAGGUGGCACCACUACACCCAUGCCAACAACCAGCUCGUUUCAGUAACCGAUGUCUGCAGACCAUUGGAAGAUGUUGGCCACACCUCCGAGCUCUCGGUGUGGGUGGGGCAGGAUGUGGCAUUCAGGGUUUGGCCUCACUAGCGAGGAACUGCAUGCGUCUGCAGGUGCUGGAGCUGGACCAUGUGAGUGAGAUCAACCAGGAGGUGUCAGCAGAGGUUUGCAGAGAAGGCCUGAAGGGUCUGGAGAUGCUGGUGCUCACCUCCACACCGGUCACCCCCAAAGCCCUGCUCCACUUCAACAGUGUUUGCCGCAACCUGAAGUCCAUCGUGGUGCAGAUCGGUAUCGAAGACUACUUUGAGGACCCCAACAGUCCUGAAGCCAGAAAACUGUUUGAUGAGAUGGUGAACAAGCUGCAGGCUCUGAAGAAGAGACCUGGCUUCUCCAAAAUCCUCCACGUAAAAGCAGACAGCCUCUGCUAA